AUGAGUGUCUCCAUGCUGAGCUACACUGGACUCCUGGGUGGUAUCUUUGGGCUUCUACAAGUGGCCUCUCUGCUUGGCCUGGUUCUGCUGUUGCUCAAGGCAGCCCAGUUCUACUUGCGCAGGCAAUGGCUACUCAAAGCCCUGAAGCAGUUCCCAGCGCCUCCCUCUCACUGGCUCUUCGGACACCAGCAUGAGUUUCAAAGGGACACAGAGCUGCAACAUUUCUUGACAUGGGUUCAGAAAUUCCCAUGUGCCUGUGCUCGCUGGUUGUGGGGAGACACAAUUAUGUUCCAUGUUUAUGAUCCUGACUACAUGAAGGUGAUUCUAGGGAGAUCAGACCCAAAGUUAAGAGAUACCUACAGAUUCAUGGAACCAUGGAUUGGGCGUGGUUUGCUUCUGCUGAAUGGGCAGACAUGGUUCCAACACCGGCGGAUGCUGACUCCAGCCUUCCACUAUGACAUCCUGAAGCCCUAUGUGGAGCUUAUGGCUGACUCUGUCCGAGUGAUGCUGGACAAGUGGGAGAAGCUUACCAUCCAGGACCCAUAUCUGGAGAUUUUUGAACAUGUCUCCUUGAUGACCUUGGACACCAUCAUGAAGUGCGCCUUCACCUAUCAGGGCUGUGUCCAGUUGGACAGGAAUUCCCACUCCUACAUCCAGGCCAUCAAGAACAUGAACAAACUGGUGGUUUCCCGUGUGAGGAAUGCCUUCUACCAGAAUGAUAUCAUCUACUGGUUGACCCCUGAUGGCCUCUUGACCCGCCAAGCCUGUCAGCUUGCCCAUCAACACACAGACAAAGUGAUUAAGCUGAGAAAAGCUAGUCUGCAAGAGGAGGGAGAGUUGGAAAAGAUGAAGAGGAAGAGGCAUAUGGAUUUCCUGGACAUUCUCCUAUGUGCCAAAAUGGGGAACGGGAGCAGUUUAUGCAACAAGGACAUUCGUGCUGAAGUGGAUACAUUUAUGUUUGAAGGCCAUGACACCACAGCCAGUGGCAUCUCCUGGAUCCUCUAUGCCCUGGCCAAGCAUCCCAAGCAUCAGCAGAGUUGCCGGGAAGAGAUCCAAAGUCUCCUGGGAAAUGAGGCCUUCAUCACAUGGGACCACCUGAAUAAGAUGCCUUACACUACCAUGUGCAUCAAGGAGGCCCUGCGACUCUACCCUCCAGUGCCAAACAUUGGCAGGGCACUCAGCAAGCCCAUCACCUUCCCUGAUGGACGAUCCUUACCCAAAGGAAUCAGAAUCUCACUGAAUUUUUAUGCUCUUCACCACAACCCGAAAGUGUGGUCGGAUCCAGAGGUGUUUGAUCCAUCCAGAUUUGCACCAAGCUCGUCUAGACAUACCCAUGCAUUCUUGCCCUUCUCAGCAGGAUCAAGGAACUGCAUCGGGAAACAAUUUGCUAUGAUGGAGCUGAAGGUAGCCGUGGCCCUGAUUCUGCUCCGCUUUGAGUUAUCACUGGACCCAACAAGGGUUCCCUUGCCAAUUGUUGGACUUGUGUUGAAGUCCUGCAAUGGAAUUCACCUGCAUCUGAAGAAGCUCCUCUAA